AUGCUCCGCCAGGCUGUUCGAGGAGCUUACUAUGCCGGCCCGUCGAUUUCUCGGCGUGCCUUUUCCGCUGUAACGGCGCGUCGACUCGACUAUGGCGGGCCCAAUGAUAAGGUCAAUUUCUUCGAACAAGAGACACCCGGAAGCAAGAAACGACGGAAGAUCGACCCCGAGGCCGAGGAUAAGGAGGAGCGGGAAGAAGUAGAGGGAGAGCUCACGAAGCUUCAGCAAGAGCUCAAGGUCCUUGAAAAGGGCCCUUUCGCACCCGACAGUCCUUUCAUCCAGGGUUUGCCAGAGAACGACCGGAAGAUUGCCCUGGAGGCUCUUCGGAAAUAUGACGAGGAACACGGCUCGGCGGAGCCACAGCCAUCACUGGAUGAUGUCUUUGACGAGGAACUGGACAAUAUGCUGAAGGAGGAAUUUGAGGGUCUCGCGCUGGAACAAGAGAACUGGCAGGACAGCGCUAGAGAGCGGCGCAAAUUGGCUGCCAAACGCUCUUCGGAAGCAAAGGUUGUGAAUCCGGAGUCCCAAGCAUAUGCGGUGCGAUUCAAGAAGGCUCUCCAAAAGUUUACAGAAAACGAGUCAGAUGAGCGGACGAGGCAAGAGGUGUGGAAAUCCUAUCGCCGGUGCAAGCAGGCUAUGCCGGGAUUUGUGGGCGCACUUCCACCAAAUGUCCUCGAUAUUGUCUGGGAAUCCCAAGCCACAGCACAACUGUCCAAGGCUACACGAUCCACGCAUCUCCAAACUCUCGCCGAGGAUGCUAGCUCCGUCGACAGGCCCCUCGCCACUCCCCAGAUACUUUCAUACAUCGAUGCUUUACAUCAAGGAGGUGCCACUACUCAAGCACUGGAGCAGUGGGAAUCCUACCAAGCCGAACUGUCCCAGAAAAGGGAGGACCUCGAGGAAUAUUGGAUGCAGGGUGUCCGACUCUUCGCCGCUGAAAGCAAUCCCCAACGAGCUCAGGAUAUUGCUUUGGCUUUCUUGGCCAAUGACAGAUCCCGCCAGCCCCGUGUACUCAUUCCGGUUAUCACAGCAUGGGGCAGAAUGCCCGGAAAGGAUGCAGAGGUGAAAGCAUGGGCAUUGUAUCUACAACUCAAGACGAUGCUGGGCCCCGACAUGACCAUGGAGGACUAUGAUCAGAUCAGCAUCGGUCUUCUCACCGCUGGCCGGUUGGAUACUGCUGUUGCUAUCUUCAAGGAUAUGAUGGUGACAGGUCAAGAUCCUGCCAAUGACUCGACAGCUCUAUACAAAGCCGCUCUUGGCCUAGCAGGCAACCUUCAUGCAUCAUGCAUCGAUGAGCGUGCCGUCAACAAAGUCUCCCUAUCGGCACUCACGAUGCUGCCUCGCCGAUUCCAAAAUCGAUUCUUCUAUGCUAGCUGGAUGAAGAAGCUUAUCGGAAUGGGCGAGGUCGACUCGGCUGCUCUAGUGAUCGAAUUGAUGUAUGAGCGAGGAGUGCGCCCGGACGCUAAGCACUUGAAUGGUUUGAUAGCCGCUUGGCUUCGGGAUGGAAGUGCCAACGCGCGGAACAAAGCAGAGCGACUCGCCUGGUCCAUGAUCCAGCACCGGAUUGACGCCGCGUGGAAACGGUUCCAGCCGGCCGAGCCAACUCCCCGGGUCCAGGUUAAACACGAUGAGGCCGAGCCUAGUCGGAUCCCCAAGUUUAUGAAACGUGAGGUGCCACACGCAGGCAUUGAAACCUUCUCCAUUCUUCUUCUCCACUACACCCGCCGAGGCGACGAUGACAUGGUCAAGUACCUGGUGAAGUGUCUCGGCGAUGCACAUGUUCAACCCAACUCCUAUUUCAUGAACCAUCUCCUCUAUGCCGAACUCCGAAAACAAGAUAUUCGCUCAUUGUGGGCCAAAUUCAAGAUGAUGUCUACAAGCGUUCGACCAGACUUGGAAACAUACGCGUGUCUCUGGGAUUGCGCUAAACUGCAGUACGAUCGUGGACGUACGGCUUUCGACAGUGGAUUCCCAUCUGCGCGCGAGCUGUACGGAAACAUGGUACAGUGGUACUCACACCUCUCCCCUCGCGCCCAACGGACGACCGCCGAAGAGUUCUCGAAGGAGCUAUAUGAUCAGAUCGUGCGCUGCUUCUGCCUCUCUAAGGAUCUUGCAGGCACACUUGUUGCCCUCCAGUCUAUGCGAACUGUCUUUGGGUUUGCGCCCGACGACACUACAGCCCGUAUGAUCGUCUUGCAAGUUGCCCGCCUGGCCGGAGUGCCCGCCGGGACACCCAAGCACCGCCUCCGCCGUCUGUCCUCGACACCCCGCAGCAAAGAGAGCGUUGGCCAAGUGAGCCGACUUCUUGAAAUGCUGGGCGAUCGAAAGGAGCUGGCUCUAAAAGUACAAGGGCUAAGUCUCGACCAGCUUGAUCCCCAUGAGAAGGAGGAGUACCAACUCGAGAUCAUGGCAAGCUUCCUGCGGAUUGUGAUCGGUCGGACAGAUGGUCUGGGGCCAGAACGCAUCGAAGAAAAGUUGACCCAAGCUGCAAAGGAAAUGCAGGUAUCGGGAAUUGAUCUAGGGUCGUCGUUAGGGGUUGAUGAUAGUAAGCUGCUAUAA